AUGGAGAGGCACGCCUGCAAGCUCUGCUUCCGGCGAUUCCACAACGGAAGAGCUCUCGGAGGACACAUGCGAUCCCACGUGGCGGCCGCCGGCGGCAAGCGCGCUCUCCAGGACUCCUCCGCCUCGUCGUCGCCAUCGCCGUCGCCGUACGCCGGCGGCGGCGAGUCUUCCGUUGUGCUCCCGGACGGGGAGAGCGAGACGGAGUCCUCGAAGGAGCCGCCGCUGCGUCGAUCCAAGCGGCGCUCGAGACCCCCGGAGCCCCGGCCUUCCGAUCCGGGGCCGGCGAGCUCCGUCUCCGACACCACGCCGGAGGACGACGUAGCGCGCUGCCUGAUGAUGCUCUCCCGCGACGUCUGGACGGCCCGCGGAGAUCGGAGAGACCUGGACGAGCACUCGAUCCGAUCGGAGGAGUUCGCUGACUCGACCAGAUCGAGGACGAGAGGCCGGAAGAUCCACCAGUGCUCCGUCUGCUUCCGGAUCUUCGGCUCCGGCCAGGCCCUCGGCGGCCACAAGAGAUCCCAUCCGCUGAACAAUUCCACUCCGCGGCCCCUUGCCGCGGCCAGCCCCACAUCCAAAUUCGCCGGCGAGAUCAUCAUAGAUCUGAAUCAGCCAGCUCCGCCAGACGAGGAAGGGGAGCUCUCCGCAGUCUCUUACGCUCCGCGAUAG